AUGGCUGGCGACAACUUGGCGCAUGUGCGUCUCUUGACGCUCUUGAAUGUCAAGGCAACGCACCCACGCACUGAAGAUGAAGGCUCGUUGGGGUCGGCUAAGCGUACUCGUGUGGUGUCUGUCGCACCCACCGCCAAAGCGUCUGCGUCACCGAAAAAGGCACAGCGUGACGAGACAGACCCCCCGUCCCACUCGCUGGAAGAGGUCGUAGUAGCGAAGGAGGAAGAUGAUGAUGAUGAGGAAGCGAUGGCCACGUCUUCGUCGGAGAAGGAUGCAUUUCACUGGCACUUUGGUGCCGAGGCGGAGGCCUUGGAAGGGGUGGACUUGGCCCAUGUCACAUACGAGUCGGCACGUCCUCUCUCGAUCCUGGAAGGCGCUUCUAUGGAGCAAGUCGUACGUACGUCAACGCCUGCUGCGCAGCCUGUCUCGCGUCCUCAUGCACGCAUUUGGCAAGCGUUCACAUCGCACUACAAAAAGAGCCCUACGAUACUGCAGAAAGAAGUGCUGCCGAUUGUUGGCGCGUAUAUGGACUUGUGGCACUCACGUGUGACCAUCUCGGAGCAUACACCACUUCGACAGCUCCUAGCGAUGCAUGCUAUGAGCCAUGUGGCCAAGACGCGACAGCGGAUUCUUAAGGACAACGAGCGUUUGGCUAAGGCAGCUGCGCGAGCCCAAAAGGAGCAAGACGAGGAGGACGAUGAGGAAGAGCUUCCUGAGCUGCGUGACCAGGGCUUUACACGGCCCAAGGUCCUGCUUCUCGCGCCGUUCCGCCACAGUGCCAAGGUAUGGAUGGAUGCGCUGAUGGCUGUGUCCGCAUGCGAGCAAGUCGAGCAGAAAGCGCGAUUCUCCAAAGAAUUCUCCCUUCCGCCCGGCUCGAUUGAUAAGCUGUCGGAUCCCACGACAGCGCACCGAUACCCAGAGGACCACCGCCAUACGUUCCAAGGCAACAUUGACGACAAUUUCAAGCUCGGCGUAAAGUUGACGCGCAAGACAUUGAAACUGUACAGCCCCUUUUACGAUAGUGAUAUCCUUGUGGCCAGUCCUCUAGGACUGCGUUUGCUUAUGGAGAAGGAACAUACAUGGGACUAUUUGUCGUCGGUUGAAGUCUUGCUGGUCGACCAAAUGGAUGUGAUGCUGAUGCAGAAUUGGGAUCAUGUGAAGUUUGUGAUGGAGCGUCUGAAUGCGAUUCCCAAGGAAGCGCACAAUACCGACUUUUCGCGUGUCAAGCCAUGGUACCUCGAUGGUCAUGCGCCACUGCUACGUCAAACCAUUCUUCUCUCCUCGUUUGAUGCGCCUGAGUUCCGUCAGCUCUUCCAUGCGCAACACAAUGUUGGUGGGCGUGUACGCACAUCGAUGCUGCGUCCUAAUGAUGUGCCGACGAUGUCAAGCGUCGCGCCUGGUAUACGUCAAACCUUCUACAAGUUUGACAGCGCGAACGCCCAGGGCGAAGCGGAUUUGCGUCUGCAAGCAUUCCAGCAGAAGAUUUUGCCUCUCCUUCAAAAAUCUGCUGUGAGUUCGACGCAUACAAUGAUUGUUGUUCCAUCGUACUUCGACUUUGUGCGUUUGGAAGAUGCCUUCCGCCGUGCUGAUCCACCUGUGUCUUACACGACCCUCUCUGAGUACUCCUCGAACAAGGACAUUUCUCGGGCGCGUGAAGCGUUCUUUUCUGGCAAGAAAGGCUUUUUGCUGCUCACCGAGCGCUUCCACUUUUACCGCCGCUACCUGAUUCGCGGCGCCUCGACUAUCGUGUUUUACGCGCCGCCCGAUCAUGCACAGUACUAUCCUGAGCUCAUCAAUGCCCCCCUCACACCACGUGACGGUGCAGCGGCCGCCAUCGAGGCGGCGGAUGUGCAAGUGCUGGCGCUCUAUUCCAAGUACGACUUGCUUCGUCUAGAACGGAUCGUAGGACGUGCGCAGGCGCGGAGUAUGGUCACUGAAGGCCGUCCGCUCUGGCGCUUCGUGUAG